AUGACUCGCCGUCAGACUAUCUCUGCGCCCCUCGACAGCCCCACGCGCCAACUGAUCCUCGAACUUGCGCAGGAUCUCGCCCAAGUCAGUCUCUUCAAUGACGACUUGCGCCGAGUUCACGAAUAUGAGCGUAAGACCUACUAUGAGGAGCUCGAUCGGAUCGAUCGAGAACGCGAGGCUAUCCACACCGCCGCCCUCGACAAGGUGGCCGCGUUCCACGACGGGGUGCGACAACAGGCGGAGGCGACCUUGGCGGCGCAUCUUCGCGCCGAGGAAGAAGCUCGCCGCCGUGCAGAGGAUGCUGCUCGGGAGGAGAAGGAGCGCCUGGAGCGCAUCGAGCGGGAGAAGGCCGAGAAGCUCCGUCAUCAGCAAGAGGAGGCUGCCCGGCUAGCGGCGGAGAAGAAGGCCAAGGAAGAAGCUGCGAAAAGGGCAGCGGAUGAGGCAGAGCGAGCUCGCAAGGCUGCUCAAGAGGAGAAGGCGCGCCGCCAACGUGAAGAGUCGGAACGUGCAGAGGCCAGAAAACGCCAGCAGGAUGAGGCAGACAAGAGAGCCCAGCAGGAAGCUGAGCAACAGGCGAUUGUUCUGGCCCAAGGCAGGAUCGGCCCGCGUGGUCUCACUGCGGAAGAGACACGCAUCCAAGAUCGGUACGUGGAGGUCCAUCGAACUCUCAAGCAAAUGCGAGAGUGGCUUCGCGGACUAGGCACAGAGAACCCGCCAUUGAAGCAGGCCAUGGGUGAUAUCCGCCGGUCGAUCAAGAAAUGUGUCGGGCAGCUGCGGGAUGGGAAGGGCACCAAUAAAGCCCAAACUGCCCAGAUCAAGGCUGAGCUCGACAAAGCCUGCCAGAUGGCCGAGCCGACAAUCGACAUUCGGGGUUUCAUGGCCUUCCCACCUCCCGAAGUGGCACAAACCGAACACAAGGUGCCGGCCAUGAUGAUCUACGGUCUCAACAUUUUCGCCAAGGCUCUUAUCUCAGCCUUGAUCACCGAGGCGUCGAUCAACCCCGAUCAUGCUGAGCCCAUUGGCAUUCUCGCUGCCCAAAUCUUCUCCAUGGACACCUUCAUGUUCCAGGGCAUCCCUAUGAGUGACAUCCUACUCGCCAAGUACCGAGUGGUAUGUCCUUCGCUCUGGGGAUCCACCGGCAACGACAAGACGGACUCUGGGCGCCAGGCUCUUGGCUGGUGGCGUGAAGAAGCGGGAGGUCCAUUCGUGAGCGAGCAGACCCACAUGGAUCGCAUGACGGCCUUGGGUGCAGGAUUUGCAGCUCUCACAUUGCGCAACUUCGGCAAGACCCAGCGGCGCAAUCCCUUCCCCAACACCCUGUUCUGGUCGUCACUGCAAAAGAUCCUAUCGAUCCCAACGGCGGAACUGCAAGACACUCAGAUUGCGCUUCUCUUUGCCAUGCUACGGGGUUCUAGCGAACGCAUCCUUGGCUUCUUUGGCCACUUCGGGCUGUUCUUGAUGCGCCGAGCAAUUGUCCAGCUUCCUGCUGCUCUACCACGACAGACCAUGAUCGUCAAUCAGCUCAAGCUCUUGCAGGAAACGUAUGCGCGAGACAGAAAUCUUGUUCUUUGA